AUGAUUUUCCGAAUGUUUAACUUUAUGAAUUCGCGGAUGGAUGAAUUCAUCGAGGACAAGAAGGACAUCAAAUUAAUAUUGGAUGAAUCGUUGCUAUUGUAAGAUCUCUUGAUGCCCUAAUAACAAUACAAAUUGCUUAAUUACGUCAAAGAUCACCCUGAGCAUCUGGAUACCCUCAUCGAGUAUAUCACCGAUUUCGUAGAUGAGGCCUAUCAUCAGAGAUAACAAUAUAAGUAUGAGUCUAUUCAAGAACAAACUAGAUAUCCUUUUUUGGCAAGCGAGAUCCUGAGCAAGGAGAAUGAUUUCUUCUAAGAUUUCCUAUUCGAAGAACAAAACCUCCAAUAUUUGAAUAGACUAUUUUCACUUCUGAAUGAGGAUAUCCUCAACAUUACACAAGCAGGUUACUUCUCUAAGGUCAUCCUCACUUUACUAAAGAAGAAGCAUUUCAAAAUGUUGCAAUACUUAAAUGACAGAGAUAUCUCCAAUCUUCUUAAACAUCUAGACGUACCACAUGUCGCUGAAAUUAUUGAAAAAGUCAUCACUCCUGAUCCCAAUGACGAGAAUCAACUACUAGACAAGCAGAAGGCCAUCUUGCAGAGGAUAAUGAAGAUCGCCUUGAAUCGUUAUUAUGAAACCGAAAUUUUCGAUAAUUGCAUGCAGAUAAUCAACAAUCUCUUAAAGAGCUCAAUCAAUCCAGAUCAGGAGGAGUUAAUCAAAAGUCUAAUGAACCCCUAUUUCUUUCUCACCAUCUGUUAUUAAAGUCAGAGAACUUCAGCCUAUGAAUUAGUGUCCAAUCUAUUGUAAUAUAUUAAUAAUUCAGGUAAAACAGACUACUUUCUCUACUUUAUGGAUGUAGCUAAGCAUCUCCCAAAUGCUUUCACCACUACUAAUAUCUAAGCUAUUCCUCAUCAAACCACCUAUGGUUAAAUUAUAACUCCCUUGUCCUCCAACAAACUCACCUUACUCCAAAUAUACAAUUUACUACUACUGAGUGAGAAGGAGGAGAUAGUGAAUGAACUGAUCAAUAACCAAUCAUUCUAAGUUAUUACUAAUCUAGUAAUGUCGCAUGAAUUCAACAAUCAAGCUCUCAUUUGGUUUGAUAAGAUAGUAGUCUUUAUUUAUUAGAAACUUCCAGAGAUGUUCAAAUCCAUCUCGCAAUUCUUGGCUUCGACCAUUAUUAAAUACAAUACAAAUGAAAAAAAGAAAGUUGGAUCCCUUCAAAACCAUAUCAAACCUGGAUAUUAAGGGAUAUUAACCAAAAUAUCUAAUUUAUUGGUAGACAGUCAUUUCACAAAUGAGGAAUGGGAUCAGUAUGUUAAUGACACUCUCUAUAAAAUUAAUUCAGUAGAAAAGAGAUUACUAUGCGAUGUGGAUCCAAAACCAAGAUCAAUGUUUUAGUCCAUCCAAGAUUCAACUGCAAUUUAGCCUCAAAAAGAAAAUAAAGAAGAAGAUUUUGAAGUAGAAGAAGACAUCCCUGAAGAAGAUAAUAAUAAAGAAAAUGAGAAUGAAGAUUCUGAUUUGGAAUUAGAUGAUGAUGAACUAGAUUAUGAACUAGCCAAUCUUUAAGAAGAGAAAUUUUAUGAUUGUAAUGAGGAGGGACGAUUGUAACAAUUGUAAGAAAUGCAGUAAAUUCAAUAAGAAGAACCGAAAGUGGAGUCAAAACAUAAAGCAAGCUCGGAGGAGUAAGAAUUGAUUGAUGAACAAAUCGAAGAAAUAAUUUCGGAUCCUCAAACUAAACCAGAAUAGGUUGCACAAAUCAUCUAGAAUGAAGAAAAUCUCAUUGAUGACAUCGGGCCAUUAGAGUUAGAAAACAAACAAGAUCAUCAGGUCAAUGAAUAUUAUAAAAAACAUGAUGAUCCCAAGAAUGAAGAAUGA